GCUUAAUCUCUUGGAAUUGUUAUUACUCAUAGAACCGAUUGACUCAUUAAACAAUCAGCCAGUGAACUUUGUUCUUGAAAAUUUUCGUGCAUUGUGAAGGUGUUUUUAAGGUACUAGGUCUAACAUAUUGCACAACUGAGUUUUUGUUCUUACAAGCCCCUUGGGCCCCUUGGCUUAGCUUGUUCAAGUUUUCCUGGCUUUCAUAAACACACCCCGCAUAUUGUCAUAUAAUUUGGCUGGUUUGGCUCAAUUUAACGCCACAGUGAUAGGGGAGCAUUGAGAAUAAACGACCCCCCAGAAAACGUUUUGAUCAUUUCCGGUAGCAAAAUCCAUCUUAAGGCAGCCCCUUGCUGCCCAUUGGCUUGCGGUGGAAGUUUAAGCCCGAACGGGGCGGAACAGUGUCUUGUGAGUGUGUGCAUUAGUCAGUGGAUUAAACGAUGACCAUGGACGACGGCACUCCAGUGACCACCGUUAUACUGCCCGUGCUGAUCCGCCACAUCCUUUCUCAGAUGGAGAAGCAGGAUAUGGGGGCGGCUCAGACGCUGAGGGCCGCCUUCGCCAAGGCGGAAAGCUCCCAUCCAGGCCUGUCCCUAGACUUCGUGAUGGGGAUGCUGAAGCAGGCGGAUCUGGCCGUUAAUAUGAACGAAAGCAUUCUGAGACUGCAGGGCUCGGUGGCCGAUACCGACGAGUACAAGCUGAACCGCUCAGAAGACUCCUUUCAAGAGUUGAACCGGAAGUCUGCCUCGCUAAAGAAGAUCCUCAGCCGCAUCCCCGACGAAAUAUCCGACCGCAAAAAGUUCCUGGAAACCAUCAAGGAAAUCGCCAGCGCCAUCAAGAAGCUUCUGGACGCCGUUAAUGAGGCCUGCGUCUAUAUACCGGGCACCACUGGCAAGCAGGCGCUGGAUCAGAAGAAGCGCGAGUUUGUCAAGUACUCGAAACGUUUCAGCAACACUCUGAAGGACUACUUCAAGGAGGGCAACGCCAACUCGGUAUUUGUCAGCGCGCUGUUUCUGAUCCACCAGACUAACAUGAUUAUCACCACCGUUAAAAACAAAUGCGAGUAGAUUUUUGGAGGCUGUACAAAACUGGUGUGGCUAGCCGGUGGCUGACGGAGCUGACUCACGGGCAACUAGGACUGGAUUAUUCACAACGCUGCUGUUUUUCCUUUUAUAAGUACCAACUGUUUAUAUCUAAUUUAUUUCUUUGUUCUGCAAUAAAUUAUUUAAGUCCC